AUAAAGUUGAAGUUGGGAAUUGCAUUUUGGGCUUUUGGGGAUUGAUUUUUGGAAAAAUAAACAUAGUUACAGAGAACAUUAUUAUUUUGUAACCAAAGUCCCAGCUGGAAAUAAAGCGGAGCCAAUAAUAUCAAUGGUGACGGCUCCAGCUGAUUAUUAAGCAACAUUUGGUUUUUCCAACGCCAAUCUCAAAAUCGCGAUUGGGUGGGUGGUGAAUUCAGUGUUCAAGCCAUUAGACAAAUAGUCUUUAGUCGGCUGCCGUCAUUCUGUGGAGAGUGCAACAUAGAUAUUUUGUAUCAAAAGAACAUAUAUAAAGGGGCAUGAAUGUGUUUCGCCAGCAGCGUUGUAGAAUCGCAUAAAAAGCUAUUUAUAGCGAACGCGGGCGGUGGCAGCGACCGUGCCCACCACAGCGGCAGUAGCCUAACUGAAGGUGUUAAAGGGCCAAGGUCCGACAAGCAACGAAGUAGCAACAUCGCUAGCAGCGGAGGAGGCGGAAGUAAUAGCAGCAACACCAGCCUUAAGAAUACCAAAAUGUCACGCAGUAAAACCCGAAUACCAACAGAAGUUUGUGGAGAUUGUGGAGCAUCGGAUCCAUCUUGGGCAUCCAUCAAUCGUGGCAUUCUCUUGUGUUCUGACUGUUGUUCGGUGCAUCGCAGUUUGGGUCGCCACAUAUCCAUUGUGAAAUCAUUGCGCCAAGGUAGUUGGGAACCGUCAGUACUGAAUUUUGUUAACUCGCUUAAUGCUCACGGUGCGAAUUGCGUAUGGGAGCAUCAUCUGCUAGACAGCACCACUUCGGGUAACAAAGGACCACAUCGGUUACGCAAGCCUUCACCGAAAGAUCCAUUGCAUCCAAAUAAAUCGGAUUUUAUUAAAGCAAAACAUGUACAAUUGGCAUUUGUGCUCAAGCCAAAUCUGCAAGAUGCUGACGACGAUAUUACCGGUUCGGCGGGUUUAGAACACGAAUUGAGCAAACAAUUGCAUGCCAGCGUGCGUACAAGUAAUCUGGAGACUUCAUUGCGUCUUUUGGUGCAAGGAGCCGAUCCAAAUUUCUUCCAUGAAGAAAAACGCUCAACGCCACUUCAUGUGGCUGCGAAAUUUGGUCAGGCAUCACAAAUUGAAUUGUUGAUUGUGCACGGAGCCGAAAUCAAUGUGGUAGAUGGCAAUGGAUUGACACCGCUUGAAGUGGCCAAAGCAAAUAAUCACACGUUGAUAGCAGAUCGUUUGCUAGAUGCCAUGUAUGAGGUCAGCGACCGCAUUAUCAUGUAUUUGGGCGGAAAGAAGCCAGAUCACACAACUGGCCGCCAUUUGGUCAUACCAGAAAUGCACACGAAUGAAAUUAGUGAGCAAUUAAAAAUCGCCCGAGGUCGUUUGCAGUUAGUGCCCAAUAAAAUGUUUGAAGAAUUGGUCAUGGAUCUUUAUGAUGAAGUUGAUAGGCGUGAAAACGAAGCAAUAUGGUCUACAUCCACAUUGAAUGCUGAAAAUGUAGCAGCUGUGCCAUUUCUACCAGCAAAUCCAUUUCUUAGUGCCACACGUAACCAGGGUCGUCAGAAAUUAGCACGGUUCAGUCGUGCCGAAUUCAAUGGCUUAUUAACGGAUGUUUUAAUUGAUGCACGACGUCGACAGAAUAUGGCAAAUUUACGGCCGCUAGAUGGUCCCCAGCAGCAGCUACCACCCAAUACGUCAUCAUCGUCCAAUGCCGUCAACUCCUCUGCUUCUUCCUCGUCUAUGCCUAAUAACAAUCUGUCAAGUUUCUAUGGCGGCUUCAAUAGUCACAGCACCAACAACAAUCUCUCUAACAGCACUGGCAUUGGCAAUGAUUAUCACGAUCCAAAUUUGUCCGACGACGAGCCAAUUUAUGAUCCCGUCGCCGACGAUGACUACGAGCCAAUGCCACCCAUGGCCCAACAGGCUGUUGUCCACCAAUCGGCCAAGCCACCUGAGGAAAUGAAAAAUUUUGAAAUGCUUCACUUACGGAAACAAAUAAACGAAUACGUUACCGAAAUCAAUCAAUUAAGGAAUGUGGUGCACAAAUUGUCCACUGAAAACUCCGAACUAAAGUCGAAAUUUUCAAAUGUAGAUCAACAACAGCAGCAGGCUCAACAGCACCAACAACAAUCGUCCACAGCCUCUAAUAACAGCGUUUACGAUGAACCAUUACGCAUUGACCUCAGAACUGACGAUAACGAUCACGAACCUCACUCCCUACCCGAGGGUUUAAACUCAUCCUUAGCUCAAUCGGCUUCUUUCUCGGCCACUACACAAACGGCCAAUGCAGGCUCGUCCUCUACUUCCACCUCCACCUCGUCCUCCACGACAAAUUCACAACAAUCGACCAUUAAACGACCGGCCAGCAUGUACGAGCGACGUUUGCAAACAAACGUAACGAAAACCAAUGCCGACUCUCGAAAUACGACCUCGAUGUACCAAAUGGCCGGUGCUGAGAACAGCAUUAAAAGUUUCAACGAAGAGGUAAAUCAAAAGGCCGAUAUAGUAACUCAUCGUCUCAAGGAGUUGAUACACACCAUGCAAGAUUCCAACAAUAAGGAGACCCUAAUACCAUGUGCCGAACGCAUAAGGGCUGCGGUAUUGGAAUUGAUAAAUGUCUUUACCACACCGGCCAAUUGUAAUGAAACCAUACGAGAGACCCUAAUGCAGUUAACGCGCAACAACAUUUUAAUACAGCAUAGCUGUGAGAAUUUGCGUAAUUCGCUGCAAAAGGAUGAUAAGACAGCUAUUACCAAAUACUUCAAAGAUGUACGCGAAUGUGCCUAUUACAUAGCCAGUGCCACAAAAACCUUAGUGUUGCAAUUGGAUUGAAUCGAAGCGAGCAGCGUGAGCAAGUUAACGCCGCUACUACGCAUCCCAUCUCGAUGCUAUCUAUUACUCUUUAUGAUAUAAAUGAGUCCACCAAACCUCCGCCACCCUUUUCCCCCACCUCAACCUCAGCCCGUGUGUCCCUUAUUAUUUAUAUGCAUUAACCUAUAACUCUAUGUACUAGCAUUUAAUUAUUAAUCCCAAAGUAACCAAACUCAAGAACAAAUUUAAAUGUACUAACCCAGACACCCUGACACCACCGUAAUCCUCACUCAUCCUGAAUACAUAUGUCCCUGUAUUGCACAGUACAAAAUGAUUGUUAAGAAAGACAGUUUUAUCUUUGAAAGGCCCACUGUUUUGUUCUUUUUUUGUUUUUCCCCAUAAGUUGCUUCAAAAGUUGAUUUUACAAAAUGUUUUUCCAUGUUAAAUUCGUUUCUUCUUCGUCACGGUUCGUGAAUAAAACAAAAUGCCAUAUGCCAUUUUUUGAUGGAUCAAACUCUUACUGUACUGCGCUGUUUUAUGGGCUAUUUUAUACAUGGCCAUUUUGGUUUACCUGUUGAAUUUUGUUUAGUUUUAGUGUCUUGAGAUAUUCAGAAUACAGUUACAAAUAUUAACAUGUUCUUCCAAAUGUAAUCAAUAUAUAUUUAAAUUGCCUUAAAAACGAAAAUUAAAUAUACAAAUAAACGCUCAUAACAUAGUUUAGAAUAAAA